AUGGGUGCGAUCCUGUCACUGCCGCUACUAGCGGUUCCAAGCAUGACUACCGUGUUAUCUUUUGCAGCCAGCUGCUGUGGCGCUGCGACUUGUUCUAUGGUUUGCAGCGCCUGCGGCAAGUGUGGGAACAGUGUUGCCACUCGCAUCGCAUAUGCUCUUAUGCUUCUUGUCAACUCUAUUAUAGCGUGGAUCAUGCUGACUCCUUGGGCGAUCGAGAAAUUACAACACCUUGCCUUCGACUAUAUCAAGAUUAACUGUCCUAAUGGUGAAUGCUAUGGUUGGCUUGCCGUUCAUCGAAUUAAUUUUUCUCUUGGUAUUUUCCAUAUCGUACUCGCUGCACUACUCUUUGGUGUUACAUCAUCAAAACAUCCUCGCGCUGCCAUUCAGAACGGCUACUGGGGCCCGAAGAUCAUUGUUUGGGCGACCUUGAUAAUAGUCGCCUUUCUCAUGCCAAAUGAGUUUUUCAUUUUCUGGGGAAACUAUGUCUCUCUGGUCUGCGCCAUGUUAUUCCUCAUUCUGGGGCUAGUACUCCUCGUGGAUCUUGCUCACACCUGGGCCGAGUACUGUCUGAAACAGAUCGAAGAUACAGAUUCGAGAUUAUGGCGAUUUGUUCUUAUUGGGAGUACGCUUGCUAUGUACCUUGGAUCUGUUGCUAUGACCGUGGUCCAAUAUAUCUUUUUCGCAAAGGGAGAAUGUCAUAUGAAUCAGGCCGUCAUCACGGUAAACCUUCUCUUUUGGCUUGCUAUCUCUUUGAUAUCCAUCAACCCAACAGUUCAGGAGCAUAACUCAAAGGCUGGUAUCGCGCAAUCUGCCAUCGUUUCAAUCUACUGCACUUAUCUUACCAUGUCUGCAGUCUCUAUGGAGCCAGAUGACAAACAUUGCAAUCCACUCAUUCGAGCUCAAGGUACCAGAACAACAUCCGUGGUCAUCGGAGCAAUUGUUACAAUGCUUACGGUUGCCUACACGACAACACGAGCUGCCACUCAAAGCCUUGGCCUUGGAAAUACUGUUGGGAGCAUCCAUCUGUCUGAGGACGACGUGCAUGACCUGGUUACGCAACAACCAAGCCCUCGCCGCGAAAUGAGAGCAGAAGCUUUACGGCGAGCCGUUGAAGAGGGGAGCUUGCCAGCAGAUGCUCUGUUAUCAGAUGAGGAGAGCGAUGCUGAUGAAGAAACACCACAAGAUGAUGAGCGCUUCCGGACCCAAUAUAGCUACACCGUAUUUCAUGUUAUUUUCUUUCUCGCUACCGCUUGGGUGUCAACAUUGUUGACAAUGCAAUACGAGGAAAGCACCAAGAAUGGUGAUUUUGCCACGGUCGGUCGUACAUACGCAGCGAGUUGGGUCAAGAUUGUUAGUGCCUGGGUGUGUUAUGGACUCUAUAUAUGGAGUCUGGUUGCGCCAAUCGCUCUCCCUGACCGCUUCGAAUUUUCGUAA